UGCGUUCAGAUAUUAAAUAGAUAUAGUUUCAGACUAGUUCGUCUUUUUAAAAUCAUUGUGAGAAGAUGGCGAAUAAAGGAAUGCAGCUCCUGGGAUUUGCUCUAUCUGUUCUGGGUUUGAUUGGGCUCAUUAUUGGCACAAUCUUGCCUCAAUGGAAGAUGUCUGCCUACGUUGGAGAUAAUAUAAUCACAGCGAUUGCGAUGUAUUCAGGCCUUUGGAUGUCGUGCGCAUCUCAGAGCACCGGUCAAAUCCAGUGCAAGGUGUACGACUCAAUCCUACAACUCGAUGGUGCUCUCCAGGCAACUCGUGCCCUGAUGAUUGUAGCGAUCCUAUUCACAGUAGCGGGACUGGGUGUGGCCAGCAUGGGCAUGAAGUGCACUAACUGUGGUGGUGAUGACAGGGUCAAAAAGUCCCGCAUUGCCAUGACAGGCGGGAUAAUCCUCAUUGUUGCAGCCCUCUGUAGCAUUGUUGCCUGUGGUUGGUUUACAAGUCAAAUUGUCCGGGACUUCUACAACCCCUUCACACCUGUCAAUACAAAGUAUGAGUUUGGUUCAGCCGUUUUCAUCGCCUGGGCUGGUGCGUUCCUGGACAUAAUGGGUGGAGGCAUGUUGGCUGCCUCCUGCCCAAAGGGUAAACCCUCUCCCAAGUACCCCAAGUCCUCCAGACCCCCCAGCAGCAGCAAGGAGUACGUUUGAGCCGCAUCAGUUUUUCUCAAGCUGAAGAAGUCCAUAACGAAUCAUGGAGCGUGGGUAGAAGUUUCCCUAGUCCGCUGAUCUGAGAUCUGUUAUGAUUUGUUAUUUCUUUUAUUGUGGUUGACUUGGAAUAGAACAAACCGCUCAGAUCAGUGUUCUCUGGCAACUUUUACUCGUGCUCGAUACAUCAGCCCACCUCAGAAAAUAAGGUCACUUCUGUUUUUCUUUCUUUUGAUAAGCACAAAGUCUUUUUUCUUUCUAUUUACAAUCCUGUUGCUGAUGUGAGUUUGGAAAGAGGGGGGGGUUCUUCCCCAGUGUGUUCCUCGAUUCAUGAGACUGCCAUGUUUAGUGAAAAUGAAAGAGGGUGACAUGCUCAGGGAAAAAUCAUCACUCGUACCGCUUAGUUACACUGCAUCA